CACCCAAAAAUUUAAAAUUAAAAAGGAGAAAAGAAAAAAGAAAAGACGAGCUGGAAAGUAAAGUGAGUUUCAUUUCAUUCAUCAAUUGCAGUUUCACAUCGCAGAUUUUGAGUUUCUACUGCUUCCUUCUCUCAAAUUCCUUAAGUAAAUUACAUCGUUCAACAUGAUCCGAUUCAUUCUGCUGCAGAACAGGCAGGGGAAAACCCGUUUGGCGAAAUACUAUGUCCCUCUCGAGGAUUCCGAGAAGCACAAGGUCGAAUACGAGGUUCAUCGCCUCGUUGUUAAUCGAGACCCCAAAUACACUAAUUUCGUUGAGUUUAGGACUCACAAGGUAAUAUAUAGGAGAUAUGCUGGCUUGUUCUUCUCUCUAUGUGUUGACAUUACUGAUAAUGAGCUUGCUUACUUGGAGUGCAUCCAUCUAUUUGUGGAGAUUUUGGAUCACUUCUUUAGCAAUGUGUGUGAGCUUGACUUGGUCUUCAACUUCCAUAAGGUAUAUCUUAUACUUGAUGAAUUCAUUCUAGCGGGUGAAUUGCAAGAAACUAGUAAGAAGGCUAUCAUAGAGAGAAUGGGGGAACUAGAAAAACUUGAGUAAAAUAUUACAAUACAUUGGCAGUUUGGAGAUUUUGAUGAUUUGCGCAUGUAUCUCAGCAUAAUUCUUGUAAUUCAAUUGUGAUACAGAAUUCCGAAAAUAUUUUUCCUUGAGUAAUGUGUUUAGUAAAUCAGUACCCUACCUUCAACCUAGGCUUUGUUGGCUUGUGUUUAUAUAAAGAAGUCAUUUCACAAA